UCAGGGCUGGGAGAGACUUAGAACAGGGGGUGUCAGGGCUGGGAGGGAGCUUAGAACAGGGGUGUCAGGGCAGGGCUCCUAGGACAGAUUAUAGAUGACUUCGCGGAGCCAGAGUUCAGAAAUCUGCCUGCGCCCCCUGAGGAGGAAGGUUUGGGCCCCAGAAGGACGGAGCCACGUCCCGGGCCCGCCUCUCGUGGCCCCGGGUCUGGCAGUGCUGGGGCCCCUGACCCGCCUCUCCCCCCUCCCCGUCCCAGGCUCCCUGACCUGGGGCCUGGAGCUGAGCCAAGAGCCGCCCUCCGUGACGGUGCCCGUGGGGGGCACGGCCAGGCUGCCCUGCCAGCACAACGGGGGCCCCAACAUCAACGUGACCUGGUGGCGCGUAAUCGGGAACUGGUCCCGGGUGCAGGUGGAGCUGCAGCCCCUGCCCAAUGGGACGCUGGUGGUCGGGGGAGUGAGCAAGAGCGACGGGGGCAUGUACCAGUGCCGGCUCUUCAUCGGGGACAAGCUGCAGCUGGAGUCCUGCGGCACCUACCUCCGGGUGCGAGAUCCCAUCCCCAGGCCCUUCUUGGACAUGGGCGAAGCCACAAAGAACAGAAUCAUCACUGCCGAGGGGAUCAUCCUGCUGUUCUGCGCCGUCGUCCCUGGGACGUUCCUGCUCUUCAGGAAGCGCUGGCAGAACGAGCGCUACGCCGUGGAGCACCUGGAUUAUUAUGACGAUGAGAACCUGUACGAGGGACUUAACCUAGAUGACUGCGCCAUGUACGAGGACAUCUCCCGGGGCCUGCAGGGGACCUACCAGGACGCCACCACACUCAGGGUGGGGGACGUGCAGCUGGAGAAGCCGUGAGGGCCCCGGCUCCGGCCCAGACCCCCGAGCGCCCUCCGGAGCUUCUGGCUUUGUCCCGCUCUCAGCGUGCUCAGCAAUGGGUUUGACUGGGAGGUAUCCAAGGUCCUUCCCAGCUCUGACAUCCCUCAUUCCAAGGUCCCCCUGGCUGCUCUGACUUCCUGCUGGCCUCUGGCCCCCCCAGCCCUGACCCCCCUUGUUCUAAGCCCCCUCCCAGCCCCGACAUCCCCUGUUCUAAGCCCCCUCCCAGCCCCGACACCCCCUGUUCUAAGCCCCCCAGCUCUGACACCCCCUGUUCUAAGCCUCCUCCCAGCCCCGACACCCCCUGUUCUAAGCUCUCCCAGCCCUGACACCCCCUGUUCUAAGCCCCCUCCCAGCCCCGACACCCCCUGUUCUAAGCUCUCCCAGCCCUGACACCCCCUGUUCUAAGCCUCCUCCCAGCCCCGACACCCCCUGUUCUAAGCUCUCCCAGCCCUGAUACCCCCUGUUCUAAGUCCCCUCCCAGCCCUGACACCCCCUGUUCUAAGUCCCCUCCCAGCCCUGACACCCCCUGUUUUAAGGGUCCCCCCAGCCCUGACACCCCCUGUUCUAAGCCUCCUCCCAGCCCCGACAUCCCCUGUUCUAAGCCUCCUCCCAGCCCCGACAUCCCCUGUUCUAAGCCUCCUCCCAGCCCUGACCUCCCCUGUUCUAAGCCCCCUCCCAACCCCGACAUCCCCUGUUCUAAGCUCUCCCAGCCCUGACCUCCCCUGUUCUAAGCCCCCUCCCAGCCCUGACACCCCCUGUUCUAAGCCCCCCAGCUCUGACAUCCCCUGUUCUAAGCCCCCUCCCAGCCCCAACACCCCCUGUUCUAAGCUCUCCCAGCCCUGACACUCCCUGUUCUAAGCCCCCCAGCUCUGACACUCCGUGCCCCGUUUCCCAGUCUUUGGCCCCCUCUCCCUUCUCCCACUUUAGGCCCCCUUCUCUAUCCUCCCUGUGCCUUGACUCCUGACCCCUUCUAACUCACUCCCGAUAAUUCAGGAGGGGCCUGAAGCAGGUCCCCUCCCCCAGUCCCAAGCUGUGUAACCGCCACUAAAGAUAAUAAAUCUGGCCCCUGAGGAGGGGCUCCCCCCCA